UCUUCUCUCUUCUCUUCUCUUCUGCCGCGGCGUCAUGCACGGCCUUUCUGCCGCCGCUCUCUGCCACCUCCACUCCCCCGAUAUCGCCAUCUCACCACUGCCACCUUUCCCAUCGCUCCCUAAUUUCUCGCUUUCCCACUACUCUCCCUCGCCGCUCUCCGCAUAUUGCCAGCUCCUCAGGUGCCAGUUGGACUCGGUUCCCGAGUCGGAAGGGUUGUUGAACUCAGAGGUCAGUUACAGCGGCAGUAGCGGACCCUGUAGUAGCAACGGAUCUCCGACAUCACAACCUGGCUUGAUACAGCGGAGCUUGAGCAGCCAUGGACUGGACCUCCAGCUCUCGGCGUUGGGUCCAGUCAGAAGGGUUCACAGCGCUGGUGAUUUGCAGGGGAGGGCAGAAAGGGGAUGGUCGAGUGAGAGCAGUCUGAUAAUCGAAGGAAUGGCCAAAGCUUGUCGGUAUAGCCCUGAAGAGAAGAGAGAGAGAAUUGAGAGAUAUAAAACCAAGAGAAACCAGAGGAAUUUUAACAAGAAGAUUAAGUACGAAUGUAGGAAGACAUUGGCAGAUAGUAGAAGGCGAAUAAGAGGGCGAUUUGCAAGAAACGAAGAAACUGAACACAAGAACUUCACCACCUCGCCGGUCGAGUCUUGGAGCUACGCCACCGGGGAGGACGACGGCUCCUGGAUUAGCUUUCUUGACUCUUGUUCUGUUAAUCUUGUUCCUUGAUUUUUAAAUUUACAUCCUCUCAACUCAAUUUCCUCUGCCAAAAAAGAAAAAUAAAAGGAAAAAAGAAAAAAGAAAAAGAAAAAAGAAAAGUAAGGAUCAUGAACUUUGUAAAUUAAGGAUCGAGUUUUAUUCUAUCACAUGAUGUCAUGUGUAUGUGUCUUUUAUAUAUACU